CAUAUAUUGAAUUGUAGUCGCCGUUAUCCCCUUCACCAUUACCCGAAAAUUUUUAGUGGCGGAGAUUACACAUGGCGGCAGAAUCUGUUGCCGCAGCUUCACUCUGCAACUUCUCCGGUAACAAUGGUAGUUCCUCAAGCAGGCCGCUCCGUCGCUUCUUUCUCUCUCCCGCCACCUCCCUACGUCGCCGUAGUCUUACCUCAUCUUUUUUCGGAACCCAACGGCUGACAACAAACAUAUCGACUUCUCACUUUCAAAAGAGGAACCUUUCGGUUUUCGCCAUGGCUGCUGGUCCCGAAGAUGGAAAGCGUGGGGUUCCAUUGAAGGACUACAGAAACAUCGGCAUCAUGGCCCACAUAGAUGCAGGAAAAACCACAACAACAGAACGUGUUCUUUACUACACAGGAAGAAACUACAAAAUUGGUGAAGUACAUGAAGGAACAGCUACAAUGGACUGGAUGGAACAAGAACAAGAAAGAGGAAUCACCAUAACUUCAGCAGCCACCACCACCUUCUGGAACAACCACCGCAUCAACAUCAUCGAUACACCAGGCCACGUGGACUUCACCCUUGAAGUAGAAAGAGCCCUUAGGGUUCUUGAUGGAGCCAUUUGCUUGUUUGAUAGUGUUGCAGGUGUUGAACCACAAUCAGAAACCGUUUGGAGACAAGCUGAUAAAUAUGGAGUUCCAAGAAUUUGCUUUGUUAACAAAAUGGACAGAUUAGGAGCAAACUUCUUUAGAACACGUGACAUGAUUAUUUCAAAUUUAGGUGCUAAACCACUUGUGUUACAACUCCCAAUUGGGGCAGAAGAUGUGUUCAAAGGGGUUAUUGAUCUUGUAAGAAUGAAAGCCAUAGUUUGGGGAGGUGAAGAACUCGGUGCUAAGUUUUCAUAUGAAGAUAUUCCUUCUGAUCUUCAAGAAUUAUCAGAAGAAUAUCGCGCUUUAUUGGUUGAAAAUAUUGUUGAGCUAGAUGAUGUUGUCAUGGAGGCGUAUCUUGAAGGGGUAGAGCCAGAUGAGGACACAAUCAAGAAACUAAUCAGAAAGGGUACAAUCGGGGGUAGUUUUGUCCCAGUUUUAUGUGGAUCAGCUUUCAAAAACAAAGGAGUACAACCUUUACUUGAUGCUGUUGUUGACUAUUUACCCUCACCUCUUGAUGUUCCCCCUAUGAAGGGUACUGAUCCGGAAAAUCCAGAAAUUGAAAUUGAAAGAAUUGCAAAUGAUAAUGAACCGUUUGCUGGUUUAGCUUUCAAGAUUAUGAAUGAUCCUUUUGUGGGGUCCCUUACUUUUGUAAGGGUAUAUGCGGGAAAACUUGCUGCUGGAUCUUAUGUUAUGAAUGCAAACAAAGGAAAGAAAGAAAGAAUUGGGAGAUUACUUGAAAUGCACGCGAAUAGUAGAGAAGAUGUUAAAGUUGCAUUAACUGGUGAUAUUGUUGCCCUUGCAGGGUUGAAAGAUACGAUUACUGGAGAAACAUUGUGUGAUCCUGAAAAGCCGAUUGUGCUUGAAAGAAUGGAUUUCCCUGAUCCGGUUAUUAAAGUUGCUAUUGAACCAAAGACUAAAGCAGAUGUUGAUAAGAUGGCGAAUGGGUUGAUUAAGCUUGCACAAGAAGAUCCAUCUUUUCAUUUUUCACGUGAUGAAGAGAUUAAUCAAACGGUUAUUGAGGGAAUGGGAGAAUUGCAUCUUGAGAUUAUUGUUGAUAGGCUCAAGCGGGAAUUCAAGGUGGAAGCAAACGUUGGAGCACCACAAGUGAACUACCGUGAGAGCAUAUCGCGUGUAUCCGAGGUCAAAUACGUCCACAAAAAACAAUCAGGCGGACAAGGGCAAUUCGCGGACAUAACCGUACGGUUCGAGCCUCUAGAAGCGGGAACGGGAUACGAAUUCAAAAGCGAAAUCAAGGGUGGGGCGGUCCCACGUGAGUACAUUCCAGGUGUAAUCAAAGGGCUAGAAGAGUCAAUGUCCAAUGGGGUAGUUGCAGGGUACCCUGUGGUUGACCUUCGGGCAGUUUUGACCGAUGGGUCCUACCAUGAUGUUGACUCCAGUGUCCUUGCGUUCCAGCUGGCAGCACGAGGGGCGUUUCGGGAAGGUGUUAGGAAAGCUGCUCCAAAGAUCUUGGAGCCGAUUAUGAGAGUUGAAGUUGUGACGCCUGAAGAACAUUUGGGGGAUGUGAUUGGGGAUUUGAAUUCGAGAAGAGGGCAGAUUAAUAGCUUUGGUGAUAAGCCUGGUGGACUUAAGGUGGUGGAUUCUUUGGUCCCACUUGCGGAAAUGUUUCAGUAUGUGAGUACUUUAAGGGGAAUGACAAAAGGAAGAGCUUCUUACACAAUGCAAUUAGCUAAAUUUGAUGUUGUGCCUCAACAUAUUCAGAACCAGCUUUCUGCUGCCAAAGAAGAAGCUGUGGCAGCUUGAUCUUCAUCUUCAUCUUUGUGCUAUUUAAUGAUAGGGGAAUUUUCUGAUUUUCACUUCAUAUGUCAAUAUAGGAAAAAAAAAACAAAAACGAAGGAUUCGAGUUUUGGUUGAAUGAUAUACCAUGUAACAUUUUUAAUUUAUUAAUUCGUGGUGAUUUUGUGUUUGUUGAA